CCUUUCAGUGACGGAAUGUGUAAGCCCGAAUUGUAUUCUCUAAUUAAACUGCGUAAGCCACGAUUCAAAACAUUCAAAAUUGACGCUCUACUGUCUGAACAUGGCCACUCUGCCCUUCGCUUGCCGCCAUAUCAUCCAGAUCUGAAUCCGAUUGAACUGAUAUGGGGAUUGGUCAAAGAAUAUGUCGCCAGAAAGAAUGUCAGUUUCCGUCUAGAUGAUGCUAUGAAACUAGCUGAGGAAAAGUUUAGUAGCAUCACAAAGGAAGAAUGGACCUCGAGGUGCAACAAAUCCCGUCAGUGCGAACAGAAUUACUUGCGGUUGGAACCUGUUCUUGACGACAUUUCGGAACAAAUUACAGUUAAUUAACAAGAUGGCAGUGUUACCAACAGUUGUAGCAGUAGUGAGGAAAACGAGAGGGAGGAAGAAGAUGCAGAAGAAGAUGAUGGGGAAUUAAGUGGAAUAGAAGCUUUGUAAAAUAUCUUCAGCCGCUGUAAGUAAUUCAGUCUGCAUUGAUGUUUUUGUGUUCAGUAGUACAGAGAAAAGUGUUCUCCUCCGUUCCCCACUAUCACUAGGAGACAGCGUCAGUACCCUCCCUUACGCGCCGAUCCAUAGCUCAUGUCUGAGCGAACGACUAAUAGCUUGGUACUGACGACGGGUCGUGGAACCGGACCGCCAGAUAAACGACUGCAGUCAUCGCACUGUCUUGAGACGUUUCACACACAUCCGUCAUGGCUCCGUCCCUCAACUUGUCCGACGACCAGCGGUUCGCCCUCAUGAAGCUCCGAAGAAACAUAGCCGACUGCAGUCAACCACAGUUUGAUGAUCCCUUCCUCUUACGCUGGCUCAGAGCACGCAAUUUUAAUGUGGAAGCUGCUGAAAAAAUGCUGCGAGAUUCUCUUAAAUGGAGAGAAAAUUUGGAAGUGGAGAAGCUAAAAGACUGGGAACCUCCAGAAGUAAUCCAGAAGUACUACCCCAGUGGAAUAUCAGGAUAUGACAAGGAUGGAGCUCCAGUAAUAAUUGUUCCUUUUGCUGGCCUUGAUAUGUGGGGAAUGAUGCACUGUAUUAGCAAGGCUGAUUUCAUUAAAAUGACAAUCAAAACUCUGGAAUUGUAUUUGAGCAGAGCAAGAGAACAAGCACAGAAGUUUGGACAGGAAGCAUCAAAAGUUGUCGUUAUUAUGGACAUGGAAAAUUUCAACCUACGUCAGUAUGCUUGGAGACCAGCUGGAGAAGCUGUCAUGGCACUGCUCCAAAUGUAUGAAGCCAAUUAUCCAGAGAUCCUGAAAGCUUGUUAUAUCAUUAAUGCUCCCAAAGUAUUUGCCAUUGCUUUUUCUGUGGUGAAGAACUUCCUGAAUGAAUAUACACUGCAGAAAAUCCAAAUCAUUGCAAGUGAUCCUCGCAAGUGGCAGCCUUUGCUGCUGAAAUUGAUUGAGUCUGACCAGCUGCCAGCUCAUUUUGGUGGAACCCAGACUGAUCCAGAUGGCAAUCCAAGAUAUACAACUGAAAUUCAUCAGGGAGGGAAGAUUCCAAAAUCUUAUUAUGCUAAGAAGACUGACAAGACAAGUCCACCAGCGAAUGAUACCUUCACAACAGUAGUGAUUAAGAAAGGUGAAAAACUGAGUCUGCCAUUUAUAGCUCCGGUAGAACAAUCCAUACUGAAGUGGGAAUUCCGAUCUGAAGACCAUGAUAUCAAAUUUGGUAUAAUGUGCAAAGACGUUAAUGGAAUUGAGUCUACAGCAGUGCCAUUGCACAAGGUUAAUAGUCACCAAUCAGAUGAAAUUGGUUUCAUCACAUGUCCAGCACCAGCUACUUAUACUGUGAUAUUCGAUAACACCAACAGUUACAUUCGCAACAAGAAGCUACACUACGCCAUCACAAUGGUUUCCCCUCCGACAGUGAAGGAUGAAGACGAUGAUGAAAUAAUACUACAGGAUUGAUGAAAAUCAUGCUGUCAGUGAAGAACUUGUGAUAUAAUUAUCUUUAAAGUACUGUUCCCUGAAUGAAGUUCACAGUACAGUACUUUAUAUUUAAAUUCAUGACUUAUUAGUAAUUUUGUGACCAAAUAAUUUUAAAAUAAAAGAUAAAAUGAUGAAAGUGUUUUGAAAAGUGGAAGUAAGGGUUGAGAUGAAGUGAGUAUUGGAUUACUUAUUAUGAACUGCCUACAAAUAUGUUGCAGUUAUGGCCAAGUAGAUUAAUUAAUUUAAUAGCUGCAAUAAUUAUAAAAUAAAACAAAACUGCAGAAAUAUGAAUACCAGAAACUGAUAUGACAUCUGCUAAAAAUAUUUCAAUAAACUCUAGAGUACAAAUAAAUAUUCUCAAACCUUACACCUCACAAUAUGCGUGCAAGUGUUGCUGUUUUCAUAGAUAUAUUUACCUGCUAGAUAAUACUGGGGAAUAUUUCACAUUGAAUGUUUAAUCAAAAAUGUCAGAACUGUAUUUUUUUAAUCAAGAUAGUUUAUUUAUACCAGAGGUCACCUUCAUGCUUGAAUAUUUUUUCUAAAUUAAAGUCUUAAUCGAACAUAA